AUGGUUAAGAAUGGUUACCUGAACCAGAAUGUAAUCCAACUAAAGUAAAUUACUCAACUAUGCAUUUCUUAGAUAAUUGAUACAGAAUUAGAAAAAGAACCAAUUACUUAUAAUGAUGUCUAUUAAUUUAAUUAAUUUCAAAAUAUGUAUGCUAAUUUAGACUCAUUGGAAUUGAGCCUGCACUUUCCUGAUUAAUUAUACCAAAGUUCAUCAACUUGA